AUGUCCGUGCGGAGAGCACAGAGAAACCUGAGACCGCUUUCAGACCCAAGUUGGUUCAAGGUGGGCAUGAUGCAGCGAGAGCUGCGCCGAUCAGUUAUCCUGACGAGGGAGCUCCCUGUUGGAGGGCUCCUCGCCAAUGGAAAGUAUGAGAUCCUGGAGACGCUGGGCUCUGGCUCCAGCGGCAUCACGUACAAGUGCAAGGAUCUGGAGACCCAGAAGGAGGUGGCGGUGAAGGCGUUGUCCCUGCGCUCCCUGCGCUCCUGGAAACAGCUGGACCUGUUUGAGAGGGAGGCCGCCGCGCUAAAGGGCCUGCGUCACCCCGGGAUCCCCCAGUACCUGGGAUACUGCGAGGAGGACACGCCCGACGACCGCCGCUUCCUGCUCAUCCAAGAGCUGGCGCCGGGCAAGUCGCUGGCGGAGCUGGUGCGCAGUGGCUGGUCCCCCAGCGAGGAGCAGGUGUUGCGCGUCGCGCGAGAGGUGCUGGCGGUGCUGGCCUACCUCGCCGACCGCCGCCCUGCCGUGGUGCAUCGCGACGUCAGCCCCUCCAACAUCGUCGCGCAGCGUGGGGACGCAGAUGGCCGCUUGUCCCUGGUGGAUUUCGGAGGCGUGCAGGCCGUCGCCGCGGGGGCGGGGGAGGAUAGCGACGGCCUAGGGUCGGGCUUCCUCCCCGGCAGCACGGUGGUGGGCACCUAUGGCUUCAUGGCCCCGGAGCAGUUUGCGGGGGGUGCCUCCCCCGCCUCCGACCUGUACGGCCUGGGCGCCACGCUGCUCUUCCUGCUGACGGGGCGCGCGCCCGUGGCGUCCGACCGCAUGCGCGUCAGCACGCGCGCCACCGCCAUGUCGCCGCGCCUGCGCGCGCUGGUGGAGGGCCUGCUGGAGCCCAUGGCCGAGGACCGGCUGAGCGUGGAGGAGGCGCAGGAGAUCCUGGAGGGCGGACGGGCGCGCGCGGUGGGGGCGCGGAAGCGGGACGACGCCGAGGCCGGGCGGCCAGCGGGCAGCAGGGUCCAGGUCACGCGCCGCGGGCCGCGCCUGGAGAUCGACAUCCCGCCGCCCGGGUUCUCUGGCGACUCGCUGCCCAGCGCCGCCUUUGCUUUGGCCUGGAACGCGUUUGUGGCUUUCUGGACGGUGAGCGCGUUGGCGGGAGGCGGCAUCCUCUUCGCCCUCUUCUCCCUGCCCUUCUGGGCGGCAGGAUUGAAACUCUCCAGAGCGGCCCUGGCCGGCCAGUUCCUCAGAGAGCGGCUCCAGAUAGGGCUGAAGAAGUGGAAUGUCAAGCAGCAGCUGGCCCUGUUCCGCGGUGGCCAGCCUCAGUGGGACGGCUCCGGCGUCAAAGAGGUGGGCGGACGCUCCAGCGACCUCUCCCGCGCCGGCCUGGUGGUGGCGGGGUACGUGAAUGGUCAGCCCCAGACCCAGCUCGUCCUCCAGGAAGGCACACGCAAGGUGGUCCUGGGUGAGGGCCUGGGGCUGGAGGAGCAGGAAUGGCUGUCGCGGCUGAUCAACACCCACCUGGCGGCCAAUCGGGAGCUGCGGGGGGAGGAGCCGCUGCCGGAGCCCCGGCCGCGGGGCAGGCGGGGCUGGAUGGCAGACAUGGAGGAGCGGAUGGCCACCUUCUCGGAGGACCUGAGCUCCACCUUCAACCAGGGCCGCUCCUUCCUGGUGGAUGUCGAGGACAGGGCGCAGCGUGAGGCCCAGCGUGCACAGCGCGCCGCCCGCCAGGCUCAGCGCGGCGCGGAGGAGGGGGCCCGGCGCGCGCGGGGCGAGGCUGAGGCCGCCGGCCGUGCGGCGAGGCGCUUCGGCAAGGACCUCGGCCCACGAGUGAGUCCCACUGGCACCAUCGACGUCGACUUUGACGUGCUGGACGAUGAGUGA